AGGUGGAGCGAAGGUCGGUGGAGGUCGGCGGAGGUCGACGGAGGUGGAGCGGAAGUCGGUGGAGGUGGGCAGAGGUCGACGGAGGUGGAGAGGAGGUCGAUGGAGGUGGGCGGAGGUCGGCGGAGGUCGGUAGUGGUGGAGCGGAGGUGGGCGGAGGUCGGCAGAGGUGGAGCGGAGGUGGGCGGAGGUCGACGGAGGUGGAGCGAAGGUGGGCUGAGGUGGGCGAAGGUCGGCGAAGGUCGGCGGAGGUGGGCGGAGGCGGGCGGAAGGGAUUGGGAUCCGGAUCGGGAAGCAGAAGCAGAGGUAGCGGACUUGCCACGUGGCGAUCUUCUCAUGUGGGAGGGGGAAGCAGCGGAGGGGCCGGGGAAUCUCUCUCUCUCUCUCGGAGGGAACCGCGAUGAUCCUUCGACCCCCUUUUCAAUCAAUCGGGCCGAGGUGGGUGUAGAGGAGGUGGCCGCGUGGACCGCAGAUGGGCCGAUGUGCGCGGAGGUGGGCAGAGGUCGGUGGAGGUGGGCAGGUGGAGCGAAGGUGGGCAGAGGUGGGUGGAGGUGGGCGAAGGUGGGUGAAGGUGGGCAGGUGGAGCGAAGGUGGGCGGAGGUGGGCGAAGGUCGGCGAAGGUGGGCGAAGGCGGGUGGAGGGGAUCGGGAUCGCGAUCGGGAAGUGGAAGCGAAGGUAGUGAACUUGCCACGUAGCGAUCUUCGCACAUGGGAAGGGGAAGUGGUGAACUUCCCACGUGGCGAUCUUGUCACGUGGGAGGGGGAGGCGUGGCAAACUUGCCACGUGGCGAUCUUGGCACGUGGAGGGCAAGGUGGCGAACUUGCCACGCUACAUGGCGGAGGUUGGGAAGCCGUCGGAAGCGAAGGUGGAGGAGAACACGCAGGGGGAGGCGUAGGCGGAGUCGGAGCCGGAAGCCGAGGCAGAGGAGGUGGAGAAGUCGGCGGAAGCGCAGGUGGAGGAGGACAUGCAGGGGGAGGCGGAGGCGGAGCCGGAGCCGGAAGCCAAGGCGGAGGAGGUGGGGAAGUCGGCGGAAGCGGAGGUGGAGGGGACAGGCAGGGCCCACUUGCCACGUGGGCCACUUGGCACGUGGCCAACUUGGCACGUGGCGAUCUUGCCACGUGUCGAGCUUCCCCGUAAACUGCAUCGGGAUGACGGCGACAACAGCAGGGGAAGAAGAAGAAGAAGAAGAAGAAGAAGAAGAAGAAGAUUGAUUGAUUGAUUGAUUGAUCGAUUGGUGCCGACUCGCGAAUCAAUCAAUCAACCAACC